CCUUUGAGUUAUGGUAACAUGACUCAAGACAAUGUGGGGAUUUAAUAAAUCCAGAUUAACAGCCCUAUUGGCAAAAAAUAUUUCUCUUUGCUUUGGAAGGUGCCACAAUGGCUUCUGGAGAAAGGACCACACCUCCUGUGGCAAAAGGCACUGGAUUCUGGCAUGCUCCCAUUGUAACUGAAUACAGCAAAGAAACACAGGAGUUAUUAAAAGUGAUGAUGCAAGAAUCCAAACUAACAAACUUCCAACAACGUUAUCUUAGAAACUGUAUGGAACGUGGUGAUUCACUGCCUCUCCACUGCAACCCAACAUCCAGCAAAGAGCCACAACUUCCAAAGCCUGUUUCUUCACCCCCAAAAGUUUUCUUGUCAAUCAGUCCGUUUGGCAGACCUCAUCUCCGCCCUGCUCAAGCCUGCCAGGCAGGUGAUGCCUAUACCCGAGAGAGAUUCAGGCCACGAGCCACUCGAGACCUGGAAAAGGAGAAGGAAAGGCUCCAAAAUAUUUUAGCAACAGGAAAGGAUAAAGUGGAAGGAGAGCCCCGGAAGAAGCCAGUUAAAGUGGAAGAGGUGGUACCGGAGCCUGACCGGUUUGAAGAAUUGGUGAAUGAAGUUGAAGAUCGGAAGCAGUUUCUGGAAGAAAUGGAGGCUCUGGGGCAGGGCAAGUUGUAUCAAGGGAUCAUACUCACUGAAAUAUCACAGAAGCUACGGGAGAUGGAAAUCAUUGAUAAUCAGAGAAGUGCAGAAAUGAGAGAGGCGGUAGCUAAAGCCUUUAAUAUAGGCAACAAGCCUGAUCCUGAAAGCAGAGAUCAAGAAUAGUUCUUUCCUACUCCAGAAUGUGACAAUUGCUUCUUUUUGCUAUCACAGGGCUAGGCCUCCACAGAAGACAGCAUCAGGAAUGUUGGUGGUGCCAUCUGAGACCUUUGGCACAAGACAGUUACAAAAGAGUUUGUACUGCUAAGUUGUUUUGCACGGAAACAAGAGGAUCAGGAUCACACCACUCGUAGCUUUCAACAGUAGCAAGUGGGUUUCUGACUGAAAUUAGUUAAGGGCAUAAAGAUACUUUCCCUCUAAGCUGACUAGCAAGGGCUGAAAGAAAAUUAGUGGUGUCUGCUGCAUCAGAGGGAGACUUCACCGAUUUACACAUGAUGCAGACUCAAGCAAAAGAACUCACCUGCAGGGCUUUGCACUCAGUGUAACUUUUCCACAUUUGAAGGCCCAGUUUAAAUGAGAUGCUGCUGAACUACAAAGCCCUGCAAGCAAUAUCUUGUGUCUCAGCCUGUAUCACAUUGAACCCUUACCUCAGAGGGCUUCAUGCAAUAUUAGUCUUAUUUCUGAUUUCAUAGCUGCCUCAGUAAGACUGCAUGCACAAAGGAAUGUCAUGCCCAAACUACAACAGAAAAAGGCAGCUAUCUUUGUUUAAACAUAUGUCAGUCUCCCACAUACACACCCUUUACAUCUCAAGCAUAUGUGUUCCUAGCUGAAUUGAAAGCAUGUUCAGGCAAGGGCCUUGGGCUACCACACUACAUGCCAUUUCCCAAAACACUUUUCUUUUCAGCCUGGAUAAUUUCUGGCAUUGAAACUGGCUUGGGAGAAAAAAAGAAACAGAGUGGUCAAUCCCAUAGAAAGUUACUGCUAAGGGUGGCUGCAACUGCCUGUUUCCCACUGCAGACUUGAGACUCCCCCCUCAGGCUGUUGCACAGGAACAGCAUUUGAGGACUCCAGCAGGAUGAGGGAAGUCCCACACAGCUGAUGAAAAUCCCACUCAUUAGUAGAGAUUUAUUGCAGGACCCAAGGCAGAGCAUAGAAUGAGAAAGUGGGAGGAGAACAUUCAGUUUCUCUCAUUCAUGUGUCCUUUUGCUGUAAGAAUCAAACCCUCCAGUGCGCCUGCUUUUAGGUGGGAACAGGAACAGUUCGGCUGCUGCUCCAUCCAGUAAGCUUUGGCCCUCAGUUGCUCUACUUUGACUUAGAAAGGAAAAGGGAAACUAGUUUGGAGUAUAGAGCUGAAACAUCUGUGUCCUCCAUUUUCCAUUUAAAUAGAUAUUCCUUUUCUGCUGGAAAUAAACACUGUAACAAAUGCUAAA